UCAAAUCGUGGAGGACACACAGCUCCGACUCCUCCUGGAGAAACCAGCCUUUCGCUCAAAGACAUCCUGCCGCUGGAUCCCAAAACGUACGAUAAAAAUCGGCCUCCGAAGGUGCAGGGGCAGCCAACGAUUGUGUACUUUCAUGUCACCGUGUUGUCACUUGAUUCUAUUAACGAGGAAUCUAUGACCUACGUUGCUGAUAUAUUCCUGGCACAGAGUUGGCGUGACUCAAGGCUACGUCUGCCGGAGUACAUGAGCGAAGAAUAUCGAAUCCUAGAUGUCGAGUGGUUAAAAGACAUUUGGAGACCAGACUGCUUUUUCAAGAACGCUAAGAAAGUGACCUUCCACGAAAUGAGUAUUCCCAACCACUAUCUCUGGUUGUAUCAUGACAAAACGCUGCUAUACAUGUCAAAGUUAACUCUGGUGCUAUCCUGCGCAAUGAAAUUUGAGUCAUAUCCACAUGAUACACAAGUGUGCUCCAUGAUGAUAGAAAGCUUGUCGCACACUGUCCAUGAUUUGGUAUUCUUGUGGAAUAUGACUGACCCGCUUGUUGUGAAUCCAGAAAUUGAACUACCACAGUUGGACAUCUCCAACAAUUACACCGCUGACUGCACUAUAGAAUAUUCAACAGGAAAUUUCACAUGUUUAGUAGUAGUAUUUAAUUUGAGAAGACGUUUAGGCUAUCAUCUUUUUCAUACUUACAUACCAUCAGCAUUAAUUGUUGUUAUGUCGUGGAUUUCAUUUUGGAUAAAGCCUGAAGCUAUACCUGCAAGAGUCACACUUGGAGUAACUUCACUGCUCACUUUGGCUACACAAAAUACCCAGUCACAGAAGUCUCUACCACCAGUCUCAUAUGUGAAAGCUAUUGAUGUAUGGAUGUCUUCAUGUUCUGUAUUUGUUUUCCUUUCUUUGAUGGAAUUUGCUGUAGUCAACAACUACAUGGGUCCAGUUGCUACCAAAGCGAUGAAAGGCUAUUCAGAAGAAGAUAUAAGAUCUGCACUCGAUGAUUUC